AUGAAAAACUACCAAGCUCUUGUCAUAAUGGACUGGGCGAUGAAGUUCCUGCCUAUUUACCACAGGGAAAAACAGUCCGACUGGUUUGGGCAAAGAGGCAAAAACUGGCAUGUCACGGUUUGCAUUUUUAAAGAUGAAGAUAAUCUGUGUCACAAAACAUACUGUCAUGUUAUUGAUUCAGCAAAGCAAGACUGGUUUUCUGUUUCAUCUCUACUAGAGAAUACACUGCAGACGAUAAAGGAACAGAUGCCUAAUAUCACAGAAGUUAUGCUUCGAUCGGAUAAUGCAGGUUGUUAUCACUGUGGUCAGCUAUGGUUUUCCUUGCCACUAAUAAGCCAAAGAACAGGUAUUUCCAUAGCAGAAUACUGCUUCUCUGAGCCACAGGCAGGGAAAUCAUACUGUGAUUCCAAAAUAGCACACAUGAGAAUGAAAAUGAAGAGCUACGCAGCAAGUGGGCAUGACAUCUUAACUGCAUCAGACAUGAAACAUGCACUUGAUGCUGGCUCAGGUGUCAGAGGAUGUCAAGUGGCAAAUGUAGCUAUAGAUACAACAAAACAGUUGUUCAGUACCCACAAGAUGAAAAACGUAAACAACUACAGCAGUAUCACUUAUCAAGAGGAUGGUAUGAUUGUGCGUAAAGCUUAUAAUAUUGGGAGAGGCUUACUUAUGUCAAACUUGGAUAUCAGGAAGUUUACCAGUUCUAAACAUGAGGAACACACGUCUGGAUGCUUGAUAUUGGAGCCCUUUAUUACCCCUGCUAUGCAGAAGGGAGAAAUAAGAACUAAAUCAAAGGAAAAUUCUGAUGGUUUAGAAAUUUCUGGAAAUAACGCUGAGAGAGAAACUGCUGAAGAUGCUGCAGUGGCAUUGUUUUAUUGCCCAGAAGUUGGCUGUACCAAGAAGUAUUCAACAUACAGAGGGUUGGAAACUCAUUUGUUGUGUGGUAAACACCAAAUGAAACUAGACAAAAAGUCUACUUAUGACCAAAUAAAGCUUCAGUGGGCCAACCUAUGCAGUGAAGUAGUCAUCACUUGCAAAAAUGUUUUGUCAGCUAAUGGAAGUGUGGAAAAGGAGCUUAAAGCUGAACCUAUGGGAUGGGGUCUCAGAAAACCAAGGAAAAUUUCACGUUUUCCAGAGAAAGUGAAGGACUACUUGAUGAAAAAAUAUGAAAAUGGCAAAAAAGGGAGGAAAGCAGUUCCAUCAGAAGUUGCUGAAGAAAUGAGGGUUGUUACUGAUGAGGAUGGAAGCAAAUUAUUUAGUGUCAGUGAAUGGUUGAGCACAGCUCAAAUAACUUCUUUCUUCUCCAGAAUGGCAAGUAAGGGAUAUGACAAUAAACCUGUGACAGAGGACUUUGAUGACAAAGAUUUACUGGCAGCUUUGGAAGCCAUUGAGGAGGAUGCACUGAUUGAAAAUAUUAAUUUGGCCUCGUAAAUUUAUAAGGAAAGUGACAUUUUGCCACUCACACAAUCCAGCUAUCCAGAUUCCUGUUCUGUUGGAUAUUAUUAUAUUUAAAAAGAUGUGUGCAGACAAAAACUUGGAUAAUACUAGUAUUGUAUCUAUGUAUUUUUUCUUUUAUCUUAUGACAAGUGAAAACAAUCCCUUUAGCAUGUUUAGCUUUUGUUUUCAUUCAUGUUCAUAAUUAUAAAUAUGCUUGUUAUGUGCUACAAAUGUUCUAAAGCAUUUAAUUUUUUUCUAGAUGUAACAGUGAUCUUAUAAUUAAGGCAGCAGUUGCUGUUUAUGUUUAUUAGAUUGACCAGUAUCUAUUUUUUAAAAUAUAAUUCAAUUAUAGUCACAGAGAAAAUUCAGAUUAUGUGUUAUGAGUGAACAGGUGAAAGUUUUUUGUGCAUAUCUUAUUUCUGAGUACCUACAGUGUAUAAGCCCUAUAUUGAUCAAACAUGCAUGGGAUAUACAUCUAAGGAUGCAUAUUACCAGGCUUGCUUCAGUCUCAGUUGCUAGAUCUGACAUUUUCUGGAUGAGAGAACAGGUGAAUGUUUUUGGUGCAGAUCUUAUUUCCAAGUACCUAUAAGCCUCGUUUAGUAUGACUCAAAAUCACAGGGAGCAGAAGGGGUCUGUGCAUCUUGCUGAGCUGAAAUACAAUUAAGCUGACCUUUUUUUAGCUCAACUGAGCCAAAGGCUCAAGUGAGCUAUUCUGAACAAAAAUAGUCCGCUGUCUGUCGUCGGCGAUGUAAAGUUGUCACAUUUUCAUUUUUUUCUCAAGAACCACUGGGCCAAUAUCAACUAAACUUGCCACAAAGUAUCCCUAGGUAAAGGGAUUCAAGUUUCAUCAAAUGAAGGGCCAUGCCCUCUUCCAAGGGGAAAUUCUUAUGAAUUAAUGAAAAAGUAAUGACAUGUUUUAAAAAUCUUCUUUUCAAGGAACACUGGUCCAGGAAAGAUGAAAUUCAUGUGGAAGCAUCCUCAGAUAGUGCAAAUUCAGUUUGUUCAAAUCAUGACCCCAGGGGUAGGAUGGGGCCUUGAUGGGGGGUCAGGGUUCAAUGUUUAACUUGGGAAUACAUGGGGAAAAUCUUUUAAAUCUUGUUCUCAAGAACUACUAACAUAAUUGGUCAUAGCUAUAUGGAAGCAUCCUUAUGUGGUGUAGAUUCAAGUUUGUUCAAAUCAUGAUCCCACUUGAACCCACUUUAAACUUUUUCAAUACUGAACUGAUUUUUGUUUUUAGUUUUACAUAGCCAGAGCUCAGGUGAGUGAUGUGGCCCCUGGGCCUCUUGUUGCACUAAAAUUGUUAAUCUUUGAUCAAUCUCUUUAACCUUUAUCAUAUUUUAUCAGAUGACAAUGAGUGUGAUAAUAUUUUACGUAAAAUAGUUUGAAUAAUAUUCACCAUUGAAC